CAUUGAGCCGCGAGUGAUAGAUUGAUAAAAACCGCAAAUUCUUUGUCUUCCAAAAGUUUGUUUUUGCUUGCUAUACUAAAAACUUACAAAAUAAUGGUAAAAAAGAGUCCCAACAAAUCCUCUCAAUGGGAGGAAUCCGAUCUACACACAAACACUGAUCCCGAGCCGCCAACGGACACGGAAAGUGCAGACGAGCAGACCGAUUCCGACGCACAGCAACCCACCAUGGACCAGCAGUCGGAUGGAGACGAAUCCUCCGACCCGGAAGAUAAUAGUUCGAAAAACAUUCAACGUAAAUCCAAGCCACCCAAAGUGAAACUUGUGACACCGCUCAAAAAACGAAAACCGGGAAUCAUUUACAUUUCCACCAUUCCAAAGCAUAUGAACGUGACGAUUCUUCGGGAGCUGUUGGAACCGUACGGUGAUGUAGGCCGGAUCUAUCUACUUCCGGAACGAAAAGACGGCAAGGUAAGGAAGAAAACGGCCAAAGGAAAGCGAGCGAUGGUUCGCUACACCGAGGGCUGGGUGGAAUUCAAGCGCAAGCGGGUGGCCAAGGCAGUUGUCCAGCAUCUCAACACCAGACCCAUCAGCACCAAGAAGAAGUCCGUGUUUUGUGAUAUGCUGUGGAGUAUGAAAUAUCUGUCUCGGUUCAAGUGGAUUCACCUGAGCGAACGUUUAGCCUACGAGCGGGCAGUUUUCAAGCAGAAACUACGCACGGAAAUAGCUCAAGCACGGAAGGAGGCUAGCUUCUUCCAGAGCCAUCUGGAUCAGAGUGAGGGAGUUCGGAAGAAGUUAAAAAAAGAGAAAAAGCUUGCUAAUAAAGUGCAGUGAUUGUUA